AUGGCGGCUCCAAGGACACCCUCCAAUUCCACGCCCUACUCUGCGGAGCUCCAGACAUUCCUUAUUACCAAGUUUGAUCCACUGCUGGCGAUCGUGCGCGAGCUUAACGAUAGAUUGCAGAACUCGGAAAAAGAACGCUACCGUCUCGAGAGACGCACCCAGCGUCUCGAGAGCCAAAUUCUGGCACUUAUUGAAACAGUGGAAAAAGGGAAGCCCCUAGAAAAGGUCGGGUUCGAUGACGACGACUCAUUCAACGUUGCUCGCGACGCAAUAAAACCUGAGGAGGCCCUUGUCGCCCCGUGGCUUUUCUCCUGCCAGACUGGAACGCCCACCUCGGCCCUCCAGGUGCUGCUCGAGUUCACUCCGGAUACUACAGAGGAGCUGGACGUGAAACUAUGGAAAAGAGAAGAAGAUAUGUGGAUCAUGUUCCUUGAAGAACUCCCUGACGCGUUCGCCGUACACAAGCCGGAGAGCCUGCAGCUUCUCGACCUCCGCCGUGCGGCCCGAAGAGCUUUGUUGGAACUGUGCCGGGGAGAGGCCCUGUUCAUCUUGCGGAACGUCCCUGGAAAGGCAGAAGCCGCCUCUUGCCCGACAGCAAUUACUCUUGUUGCAAUACUGGCGGCAGCACUCUCGGAAGCCUGGACAAGGGUCGAAGCAGCAGAGCCCGCCGCUCUUGGUCGCGUGGCCCUGGUUCUCGAAGUUCUCGCGACCAUGCGCUCAGCUCCCGCGGAAAAGUAG